AUGUCAACUCCACGUACCCACCCCAACCCCCAUCCUAGCCUCAUCCCACUUCUAUAUGAUAGUGCCCUCAUUCUGCAAUUGAAUGUUCAGUUUUUGCGCCACCGACCUCAGCCACUACGCCCACCGCUUUCUUACUCCACAGCUUUGUUCCACCGCUCUCCACCGCUAAAUACCCUUUUCAAUUAUUGCCACAGAGAGAGAGAGAGUGGAAAUGGUGAGAAAUUGAUACUAACAAUGGAGUCUGCUAAUAACGUUGUUGCGCCAUUUGUUAUGAAGACGUAUCAAAUGGUGAAUGAUCCAACGACAAAUGGAAUUAUUACAUGGGGAAGGGGUAACAAUAGUUUUCUUGUUGUGGACCCUUUGGAUUUUUCGCAUAGGAUUUUACCAGAAUACUUCAAGCACAACAAUUUCUCAAGCUUUAUUCGGCAACUCAAUACCUAUGGUUUCAAGAAGGUAGAUCCAGACAAGUGGGAGUUCGCAAAUGAGUGGUUUCUACGAGGGCAAACUCAUUUGUUGAAGAAUAUUUCGAGGAGAAAGCAUUCUAGUCAACACUACGUUUCUCUUCAUAAACAUGAAGAAAAUGAAGAUGAAGAGCUAUUUAAGGAAAUUGCAAAGUUAAAGCAAGAACAAAAGACCUUAGAACAAGAGCUUGAAGGCAUGAGUAAAAGGCUAGAAGCAACAGAAAGGAGACCACAACAAAUGAUGACUUUCUUAUACAAAGUUGUCCAAGAUCCCGAGAUAUUACCUCGCAUAAAUCUCAAAAAGGAAAAACUGAAAAGAUUGAGUUGUUGUAAUAACGGUGAAAAGAAGAGAAGGCUCAUUACAUCUUCAGCUACUUCAUCACAUUCUUUAUCAGAAAUGGAUUUGUCCAGCUUUUCUGUCAAGACCAAGUACGAGCAAGAAGGUGCUGCACAAGAAAAAAUAUCAAAAAUAUUCUCCGUGGAUGUAAACUUGGAUGUUGAUAAGGGUUAUCAGUCUUCUCCUUCGCUGGAGGCAUCAUCCCCCGAGUGGUUGAGCCGAACACCAGUUAUUGGUAUGCCUGUUAUCAAGCAAGAAUCUGAGAAUUGUGCCAGCAUUUCUAGUUCUUCGACAAUAGGCUUGUCUGGUGGGAAUGGAGGUUAUGUAGUUGCACCACCAGUUGACAGUAUUGCUUGGUGUAAUGAUAGGGGUGGAAUGAACACGAGUUACCCUGAAGGGAUUUUGGAUGGGAAGGAUGCUAGUCCGCCACUGCCAUAUCCAUUCUCUCUCUUCGGUGGUGGUCUUUAG